AUGCCCACUUACCCAAGUAACUGCCUUGCCUUUGUGAACUCACCCACUGCAUUCUCUUCACAAACUCAGUCGGCGGCUCUGCGCUUGAAGGUCAUCGUCGUCGGGGCCGGUUUGGGCGGACUGGCAACUGCGAUUGCGCUCGCAAGAUCAGGGCACACUAUCACGAUCUACGAGCAGGCACAAGAACUUGGAGAGGUUGGCGCUGGCAUCCAAAUACCUUCCAACUCCGCCCGUCUUCUAAGCAGACUCGGUCUUGAUCCGUACUUGGAAAAGUAUGUGACAGAGCCUGAAACAAUUUCGUUUCGACGCUGGGAGUCAGGAAAGGUGAUUGGGCUCACCAAGCUCAUGCCCAACUUCCGGGAAUUGUUCGGCGCGCCUUACUAUGUCAUCCACCGGGCGAACUUCCAUGCUGCUCUACACCAACGAGCACUAGAGCUCGGUGUUACGGUCAAGCUUGCAUCUCGUGUGGUCAAUUAUGAUCCCCAGGGACCAAUUCUGACCCUUGAGGAUGGCACAUUUGCCUCGGCAGAUUUGAUAGUGGCCGCAGACGGGGUCAAGUCAAUCGCACGAAGCCUAGUAGAUCGAUCAGGCUGUGAAACCUUACAAAAAACAGGCUUUGCGGCCUACCGAGCCACUGUUGACGUUGCGAAGAUGCAAGCAGAUCCUGAGGUAUCAUGGCUACUCGAAAGACCCAGCCUCAACAUUUGGAUUGGUGACCAAAGGCAUGUCAUGACCUACACCAUUGGUGCCGGCAAGUCAUUCAACAUGGUGCUUUCGCACCCGGACGACACCGACCCGUCGACAUGGGAUCAGACAACAGCUUUAUCCGACAUGAAGCGCCAGUUCUCGGGAUGGGAUGCACAGCUGAAAAGGAUUAUUGGCAUGAUCGAUAAAACCAUCAAAUGGCCACUGGUCAGCGGGACUCCCUUACAACAGUGGACGACCGGCCGAGUAGUGAUCCUCGGUGACGCGGCACACGCCAUGCUACCAUAUAUGUCACAAGGCGCAGCAAUGGCCGUCGAAGACGGUGUCGCGCUAGCGCGGUCUCUGUCCAAGAUUACCACCAUCUCCGCCAUUCCACGAGCGCUGAGCAUCUUCGAACGCGUGCGCAUCGACCGGGCGGGCAAGAUGCAGGAAGCGAGCCUGCUCAAUGGAAAGCUGUGGCACUUUGCUGACGGGCCGCUCCAGCGUGCCCGGGACAAGGCCAUGGAACCCGAGACGCGGGGCGAGCCUUUCAGUCACAGUCCUAAUCAGUGGAGUGACCCCGCGACACAGAUGUGGACUUAUUUUUAUGAUGCAGAGUUGGAGAUUGAUCGAGCGUGGGAGGAAGUAUCACAUGAUCGAAGUAAUCUUUAG